UCAAUUAAUCACAAAGCGAUUCCCGUUCACAAAGGCAGCACUCACCAGCUCCAGGCAGCCGACCCAAGGAUUAUUAAAUUACCCACCAAAAAAUCACUAAUUCAAAAUGUGCGCGAAAUUCGUAUGUGUAGUGCUGCUGGCCAGCCUUGUGAGCGGAUCCCUGGCCCUGCCCUCGCAGGACAACAGCGAGCGGGACCUGGUCAACAUGCUGAACCGCCUGGAUGGCGAGGAGUCCGUCGCGCUCUUCGGCGGCCUGAGGAUCGACCGGUCGGAAACGGGCCGCAGCUUCGGGGCCGCCAAGGCCGUCGAGUCCUUCGAGGACCGCGCCGAGCGCUACCUGGAGACUCACGAGCUGAACCUCUCCUUCUCCGGCGAUGAGCAGGAGGAGAAUGCCGACAACGAGUACACCGGACGCGCCAUGGAGGAAUCCCGCAGCAAGCGCAUGAAGAAGAUGCUGGUGCCCCUUCUUUUGGCCCUGAAGCUGAAGAAGGCCAUCGUUGUCAAGAUUAUGUUCACCAUCAUCAAGUUCAUCUCGCUGAAGGCUCUGGCCAUCUCCUUCCUGGCCCUCAUUCUGGCUGGUGCCACCUUCUUCAAGGAUCUGCUGGCCAAGAAGAAGGAACACAUCACCACUGCCUACAUCACCGGCAGCCCCCUGAACGCCGACAUCGUGCACUCCGACUGGAGCCGCAAUGGUCAGGCUGGAGCCGCCGAUCUGGCCUACAACCAUUAUGGCCUGGCCCAGCCCUUCUAAGCCGGAAAUCAGCAAAUCACCAAGCGAUCCAUCCAUUCCACGCUGCACUAGCCCGAAUCUUUCACCUGCUAUUUCUUACCCUACCAAAGCUUCACCCUUCUUCACCCUUCUUCACCUUUCUCACUUCCUAUACCUAUCCCCCUAAGACUUCCCUGAAGAAUGGCCUAAUUCGUAGUCAAUAAUUAUUUAGGUACAUUUAGUUAGUUAGCUGCGACAUACCAAAAACAGAAAAUCACAAAAAAAAGAGAACUAUUGAAACGGUCCCACGACUCUUGGCUAGCUCAAGGACAAUGCUUAAGGAUUCUAAAGUCAAUCAUGAUUGCGCCAUAUUUAUUGCACAUUUUCACAAUCCACAUGUCUCUUGGCGGUUGUAAAUGUCACUCAGGUUCAUCGAAAACAACGAAGAUUAUGCCUGCUAAAGAGCUUACUUACUAAGUAUUUAUUCUGAUAACAUAAAGCAAUUGAAUAAAAAUGAUUCAACAAAUGCAAAUCCAAA